GCCACAGUACGAACGCGAACGUUGAAGCACAAGGUACACAAAAAUCUACCCGCGUAUUUUUAAAUUUAAAAAAAAAAUUAUUUAAACAAUUUUCUGAUUGAUAUAAUUAACUUAUUAAUUUAAUUUUAUUUUGCAUUAACCCAAUUAUUUUCUUUCCAAUCAUGCUACAAUAGAAAUUUUUUAAAAUGUUAACGAAAGUGAAGUCGCAAAAAGUGCUCGAAGACUGACGUGAAUAUCGAUCACCUUGAUUGGAAAGAAAAAAAAUAUUUAAAAGAACAAAAUAUUAAAAUAAAAAAAAAAUAAAAUUCCAAGACAAAAACAAUAUAUCAGCUGUGAAAAAAAAAAAUAUAGGAUGAAAAGUUAAGAGUGUGAAAAAAGGAGGGAGUUUGGUGUUUAAAUUUUUUGGAGUAAAAUUAUUUGUUUAUUUGAAAAAAAAAAAAAAUAAAUUUAGUGUUGUGUAUAAAAGUGAGUUGAAGAUUAAAAAUGAAUCAAAUUUUUAAAAUCAUUUUUUUGACAAUUGUCAUCAGUCAUCAUGGUGCAAAUGCAAAUUGGUGGUACUUGGGAGUUGAGCCAAGAUUUGCAGUAGGUACUGAAAACAGUCCAGGUGGUCCCGCUGACAGUGUAUCACAGAUUGGUGCUGGUGUCAUUGGUCCAGCCAGUGCCGAAAGAAACUGUAAGAACUCACACUUGACGGUUAAACAGCAGGGGAUAUGUUCACGCUCACCUCAGAUUCUCCAGGCUGUAAGUGCUGGGGCAAGAUUGGCCAUUGAAGAAUGCCAGCAUCAAUUUCAUUCAGCCAGAUGGAAUUGUUCAAUCAGUAUGGAAAAUCCAGAAAAUAUAUUUGGUGGUGUUAUGCUAGUCAACAGUCGUGAGGCAGCUUUUGUAUAUGCAAUAUCAGCAGCUGGUGUUGCUUUCAGUGUAACAAGAGCAUGUUCCAGGGGCGAACUAACUGACUGUUCUUGUGACAAUCGUGUUAGGGCACGUCAUCCAAAUAACUGGCAAUGGGGUGGUUGCAGUGAGGAUAUUCAUUUUGGUGAAAAAUUAUCGAGAGAAUGGUCUGACGGUGCUGAGGAGCCAGUUAAAGAUGGUGUUGAUAUUGUUGGAUCAAAAGGAUUGGCUGGACAACUUAUGAGAAAACAUGACAGUGAAGCUGGUAGACGAGCUGUUCGUUCACGAAUGCAACGUGUUUGUAAAUGUCACGGUAUGUCUGGCUCAUGCAGUGUGAGAGUUUGCUGGCGAAGACUACCAGCAUUUAGGGGUGCUGGCACAGCCCUGGCUGCUCUUCAUGAGGGUGCUGCAUUGGUACGUCUUGCACAACGGGGUGGAGGAAAAAGACCUGCUAGACUUAGACCAGCUAGAGCUGAUCUUAAACGACCAAAUAAAACAGAUCUUGUCUAUCUUGAAGACAGUCCUGAUUACUGUGAACGAAAUUUAACACUUGGAAUACCAGGUACAAGAGGACGAAUAUGUAAUAGAACGUCACCAGGUUUAGAUGGCUGUACAUUAUUAUGUUGUGGAAGAGGAUAUCAAACACGAAUACGUGAUGUUACAGAAAAAUGUAAAUGCAGAUUUGUAUGGUGUUGUCAAGUGCAAUGUGAUAUGUGUAGACAUACACGUGAAGAGCAUAUAUGCAAUUAAUUUAUCUAAAUCAAACAAAGUUUGUUAAAAUUUAAAAAAUCCAAUAAGAAGAAGAAGAAGAAGUAGAUUGCAAUCAGAACAAGAGGCUUAAACAUUUUAUUAAUAUAAUAAACUUAAUGUAAUAAUUUAAUUAAACAAACAAAAAAAUUAUUUAAAAGAAAAACAAAGGGAAAAUUAAAUUUUUAAUAUGACUGUCUUUUGUCACGUUGCAUGUCAAUGGCUGUUUUAUUUAAAAAAAAAAAAUAAAUAAAUAAUAACUACAUUAUAAUAUUAUAUCUGUGCAGCCUGAUAAUGGCAUCUUGUGAGUAACAAGUGUCUGCUCCAGAUUCCAUCAAGAUUGCGUAACGAAAAUUAUAUAAAAAAAAAAAAAAACUUAAUCUGCCAAUGAAUGUACAUAUAAUCUUUUUUUACCUUUUAUUAUUAUAAAUUAAUAAUUAAACGUGUAUAUAUUUAUAUAAUUAAUGGACUUGAUGAUGAACUUUUACCAUGAAUUUUAAUUCAAUUUUAAAAAUUAAUUUGACCGAGCUAUGUCCAUAAACUAUGCUCAUUUUAAUAUAAAAUUUAUAAUGUGCUUAUAAAAAUAUAAAAUUUAAAUAAUAAUUAAAUUAUGUCAUAAUAAAUUAUAGCUAUCAUCAAUAUAUUAGAUAAUUAAUGUCGUAAAUUAAGAUAUUUAUAAAAAUUAUAUACAAAAUCAUCAUGAAUUAGAAAAAGAAAAACAAAAAAAAAAUUAGAAAAGUAAAUUAACUGCAAUUAAGUUAUUAAUUUGUUCUUGAUUUUAAAAAAAAAUAUGCAGUAUUGAAAAUUUGUAAUUUAUUUUAUUCACAUUAAUAUUAUAUAUUAGAAUAUAAGCUAUUU